ACCAAAUCCAACAAUGUCAUCCACGAAGAGAACAAGCUCACGAAAUAAUAGUGCUCCGGCUCUCAAACAAGGCACUUUGGCGUUUGCUGUCAAGCGCACGAACUCACACACUACUACUAAGGCGAAGGGGCUUCCCCUAGCACAACGGUCAUCGCCUUUGAUUGAAAAGCAUGCAGCUGAAGAUGCAACAGACUUGGAGGUAAACAACGAACAGUACAGUGACGCCGUCGUGCUGGAAAUAUCUUCGGAAGAGGAGUAUUCACCAGCUACUGUGAAACUAAGUGGAGCUCCUAAACCCACGAGAGCAUCGAUAUCCGGUUCCGCCAAGAGGCUAAAGGAUGACCGGGACCCUCCUGCUGUCAAACCCGUGAACGAACAGCCAACAUUAGAUGUUUCGGCGAAGGUCUACCGCAAACAUUAUGGGUACGUGCGAGAAAAGAUGGGCCACCUUGAACCGAUUCAUGCCGAAGGACAGAAUAAAAUCCAUCAGAUACUCCGCGUAUUUGACAUGUCCUACGAGUACGGUCCGUGUGUUGGCAUGUCACGUCUUGAGCGUUGGGAGAGAGCCGCUUCGUUCGGUCUCAACCCACCUGAUGAGGUCCAGCAUAUUCUCCUGACUGAAGAAGGAGUCGAAAAAGAUGAAUAUUCCCAAUGUAUUCUCUAUGGAGAAGUGUAGUUGGGACCCUUGUUCCACUUCGAUCCUAGACUUUCCUACCGCGUUAUCUCCGAUGGAGUUUUGGGGGUUUUGUCGGAUUAUCUAUGCGCGCCGCGACAAGCCUGUCACACCGACAAUUUUCACUGCUCUGUCACUCUCGAAGAAGGUUGUUGUGUGUGCUAAAGCACUUGUACUGAUCACUUGUUAUGUUGUCAUUCCUUAUGCCAUCUGGAUGAUUGAUCUCACGGAAGGAUCUCGAACUCGAACAUCAUUUGAUGUCAAGUCCAAUCUCUCAUCAAAUGUGUUGUACUUAUAAAAGGAACGGUCUGGAGCCUGGGCGGUCUUAGCUGCCUAUAAGAAUGAUGUUUCUAUUCGCAGGAUGAUAUGUAAUCCAAAAUCUGAUAAUGAAAUCAGAAAGUUUA